AUGUUUAUAGAAGAGAUCAGUUCUGGUAAGUUACAACGCUUGGAGUGCACGUGCAAGGGUUAUGGGGCGGGGGGUGGGGGUGUCAUGACAACACCACACCCUGAACUUCUGUUAUCUCUAUACCGAAUACCGUUUUCUUUCCCACUAUACAGGAUCCUAAUCCAUGUCCAUAUUUUGGUCAAUCUCGCUUCUCGAGUAAAUAAGUAAAUAAAUAAAUAAAUGAAAUAUGAUUUGGAGAUAGCACAUUCACAAAGGGGUUCUUUGUCUACCUGAUUCCUGGUCAAAUUGGAAUUUGGAAAUGUCGGUCUUUGAGGAGAGGGGAAAACCGGAGUACCCGGAGAAAAUCCUCUCAAAAAAAAGGAGAGAACCAACAACAACCUCAACUCACAUAUGGCUUCGAUGCCGGGAUUUGAACCCGGGCAACAUUGGUCGGAGGCGAGCGCUCCCACCACUGUGCCAUCCUUUGCUCCCCAGUAGAGUAGGGGUCAAAUCCUGUAUUCCAUCAAGAAAUUUGGUGUUCUUCCAAAAUCCAGUUGCAUAAUUUUAAAUACAUGGUAUCUAACAUAUUUAAUCAGCUAACAUGUGAGUUUCAGGCCAGUUGAACUCUAUAUUUUUACUUUGGAUGUUGGCGGUUUAUGUCUCUUUGAUAUUCUUUAUGAUUAUACUUAGUACUGCCUUCUUGUGCCAUGAUGAUAGAAUAAAAGGUUGGCAAAUAUAAAAUGCAACUGCAUACAGCUAUUUUGAGAAAGGUUGUUGGAAAAAGUGCACAUGAGAAUCCCGAAAGGCAUUGAGGGUAGUUUGGAGUGAACUGUUCUUCAAAGAAAUUUGAAAGAAUGCACUAGAGGCCAUGGACAUGUGUUUGCGAGUAUUAAUGGAAAGCAACAAAAGGAGGUUUGACAGCUACAGUCAUUUGGAACAGUGUAUUGAUCAUAUCCCGUAUUACCUUUUGGGAUUGUCAACUGCACAUUUUUCCCACAGCCUUUUUCAAAAUAGCUGGAUGCAAUGAAUUAUGAUGUGCUCUGCAACUUUGCUUUUAGGAUGUUUAAUACAUCAGUAGAUUUUAGGUCAAUUAAAGGGGCUAUGUCAUGGCAGUCCUGUUCAUUUUGUUUAAUUUUGCCAAUCACUCGCCCUCAAUGAAUCACUAUGGAACUUAAAGUAAGCAAAGAAAUUUCAUGUAAACAACAAAAUCAGAAAUUCGAGACGAACAAAUAUGUCUCCUGAGCAUUAUUUUUGAAAUUGCAAACAGCAGAGAUAAACUUUGAAAAACUGUCAGGCUGAACAGCUUUCAAAAACCCUAAUUUCAAUCCGUUUCAAUCUUCUUCAGUUUUGCCCAUCCAUGGAAUCUGUUGUAUCUGUUGUGUUAUUUCAACCUUCCUUUAAUGUGUUAAGUGGUUGUUUUUAUGUUCGAGAAUUAAAUUGCCCGUAAAACAUUAUACCGAGUUAAAGCACUGAGUCGAGGAAAUUAAGGGAAUGAAAACGAAAUGGUCCAGUAGACAAGUUGAGAGGUCCCCCUAAGUGUGUAAUAUGGAAGUGUAGUGACAUAAAGGACCCUUCACUUUUACUUGCAACAUAAAACCCUUGGAAGCAAAACAGACCUUUCAGGUAUUAGCUCCAGCAUUUUUACCAGAUCUGGUCGAAGGCAAGCUCUUUUCUAAACAUAUAACCUUCUCCGUCAACAAUUUCCAUGGUGCUUUAUGGCUAAAAGUAACCAAAGUUUCAAUCGUGAAAAAUUCUUGUCCUGGACAUCAGUUUACUGUGAAGAUCUUAGAGGAAGACAGGGAUUUUUCGAUAGCUCCAGGACAAGUACGUCCAAUCAAGAUACUUUUGGAUUACAAGAAUAGAAAGGAAACAAUAAGUGAAGAAGGUGUUUGUUCUAAAAUAGAAUUGAUCUUGAAGAUAAGCACCAGUAAAGGCCAGGAUCAAAAGUUGGCAAUAAACCUGAGGUCUCGUAAACUCAGUGAAUCAUUUUUGUUCACUUUUUUGGAUCAUGAUGGCUCUGUUCAGCAUGGUGCGGCAAUUGCUCCUUUGAAAGGAUGUGAUUCUGGAAUUUGUCCUGUUUUAUUGACUCUACAUGGAACAAGUAUGGUAUCAGUAUAGUUCAUGCACAUGUAUGCGCAUAUAUAUAAAUUAUUACUGUCAAUACAGCGUGAAAUUCUUGGUUCUUUUAAUAAUCCACCCAGCUGCGGAUAUAUUAGGUCCCUCUGCUUAUAGGUCCAUGUACAUGCAAAAUAUUGAACAAUUAUUGGAUGAGGUUUUUGUGAUAUCAGGAGUAAUCAAGGUUGAGGUAAGUGUUAUCAGCUGACUACACUACGGCUCGGCUGAUAACACCACUUACCAAGACCUUGAUUGUUUUGAAUCAUUGUUUUUUUAUACAUUGUUUUGAAGAAAAUAACAACAAACACACCAUCACAAGGAACGUGAAUUGAUAUUGUUACUGGAAAUCAUGCAUUGCACUUGUAACCUACAGAUUAGUCAGUUGUCUGCUAGCAGAUAACUAACUAAUCAGUAGGUUGCGCUGAUUUCCAAAAUUACCUGUAGGCUCUUAGCCAAUGAGAAGACAGUUUUAAAAUGAGUGUUUUGAGCAAUGUAUUUCUUACCAGUUCAAGGAAUUCCCAAAGAUCAGUAGAAAUCUCUUUCUUACAUCACUUUUAAACUGACCCAAAGAUAAGCUCCCCCAUUUAUCAUGUUGGAGAGAAAUUUGAAUGCCACUUCCAGUAAUUCGUUGAGUCUGUAAGGGUCCUGAACAAUGAUCUUUGCGCUGCUUCACAGAUUUCGCUAAUGAGGGUUAGAUUAUGUCUUUGGUGCAGGCUACAUGGCUCAAACCAAUGUUAGAAGGAUUGAUUUGUACAGAGUAUAAAAGUGCAAGGUGGUGCUCAUAUCUUACCACCAAUUUGCACUAACAUGCUGAUAAUUUUUGGCAAAAAAGCAUUUUUAGUCUUACCCUUUCCAAUUAUCCCAACAGGUCCCAUAAUAAUAUAAUAUUAUUUCUCAAGUUAAUCUUUGUCAUGUACCGGUAAUCAUUUUUUCACUCCAUUCUUGCAUACAGUUUACUACUGUUUUUAUUAUUUUCUCUAGCUGUCCCUCCUCAGAAUCAAGCAGACAGUUACAAGCGAAUGGAGAAUGGCAAGUGGGUGUUUGGCAUUGAACAUCUUUGGCUUCUGGCUCCUACCAGGCAUGGGGCUCAUAACUGGGAAGGGCCAGGAGAGCUAACAUCAAUGAUGGCCUUAAAGAGCUUAGCCAAGCUUAUAAAAGAUGCUCCUUGGAUUGGUCCUCAAGCAGAUCUUGACCGCAUCAUCUUUGCUGGACACUCCAUGGGUGGGCAUGGGGCAUGGUAAAUUUUUUGUUUAAUACAACAUUGAUUGUAUUCAGUUUUUGUGCAUUUAAUUUUGUUUUAAUAUCCGAUGGUCAAUAUGAAUUUAUGUAAUUGAAAAUAUAUACCCUGUCAGGGCUGUCAUGAAGAUUUCAAGUUUCAGUGUAUGUGCAAUUAUUAGAAGGCAGGAAAUUGAACAGCCUUGAAUUUGGUUCUCCAUGUAUUUUCCAUUGGUCUUUCAUGAAAUUUAGCCAGAGGUCUUGCUCAUUGUUACUGGUGGUAAAUACUUGGCUCCCAGCCCUUUGUUAGUGACAUCCCUGCUUGUUUUAGGGAAUACAGUGAUGUCCUGUAAGUGACUGCCCAAAAUGCUAAGACCUAGUGGCUGCUAGUAGUUGCUUAGAAAUGGUCAUUUAGGACAGUUAGUCAAGACAGCAGAUACCUAUUUUAUUACUGGACUAGCAUUUUGGGGUUAAGUUAUCAUCCCGUCUAUUCCACCUUGGACUUGGUAACUAGGACAAUACAUCAUUUUCUUGAAAGGAGUUUUAUGGCAUAGUAGGUUUACAUGACUUUUGUAUAUUCAAUAAAACCUUCCUCAGGGGAAGAAUGAAGUGCAUAUUUUCAAAUGAAACUGUUGAUGGUUUUGUGGGUUGGGAUGGGGGGUGGUGGAGGGGGUGGGAAGUGAAACUCAAACACUUGGUUUUAAAAUUUAAUAAAAGUCCAUCCAUUUCAUGACAUUAAUUUAAUAAUUCUUCACCAAAAGUAUUGAGAGAACAAAACAUUAACAUCAAUGUUGUGACAUACUAGUGCUCUAAUUCUAUCACUGAGUUGAUAGAUCUUAUGUAUUGUCUAGUUCCUUAUUUCACCAUGACUAUAAAUUUAUAUUAUUCUUAACUGAUUUUGCUCUAGUCCUAACAAAAUAGUGGCAUAUGCAAAAUUCAGUGUUUGAAUUUUUUUUCAUUUAAAGUCAGUUGAUAAAACCAAAGUUUUUGUGUCUUCCUCGGCGGAAAAGUAUAGUUUUGGUACAACUCAUUAUUUCUUUGAAAGUGAUGUUGUCAUGUUUUCAAACUUCAUUAUAAUAUUACAGAUGUGUUUCCUCAUUAGGCAUCUUGGUACCCACUAUCCUGACCACGCCCUGGCUCUAGUGUCUGCUGCUGGUUGGAUCAAAAAAGAAGAUUAUGGUGAUUCUAACUUGUUUUUUCGCCAUGAUAUCAGUACAAGUCACACCUCGCCAGCUGUUAAAGCCAUUUUGGAGGUGUGCAUUGCAGAAAAUGACCCAGACAAACAUGUGUCAAAUUUACAUGUAAGUAACAGCAGCCUGUAUAUGUAAUGGCUGGUUACAUUUUUCCUCAAUAUUUGUGAGAUAUGAAGUUAUCCUUUACACAUCUAGGAUUACUACACUUAAUGUUACGAGGGCUCGAAGUUAACUCUUUAGUGCACUUGCAGAGUUUUUCUAGUAAGAUUUUUUCCACUAGCAAACUGGUGAGACCACUAUAUAAGCAAAUUCUUUUGCUUUGUUUGGGAUGAUUCAGACUAACUCGCAAAUGUUUGCUAGUAGAUAUUUUUCUCACUCACAGAUUAUCAUUGAAAAUCACUCGCAUUUUGCGAGUUUGUGAGCGUUAAUUGCAAGCCCUGGUUACACUAAAAUUUAGAGAAUCUGCUGUGACUAGCUAUUUGACUGAAAGCUACUAAGCUUGGCUCUGAAUAAAAUUCCAGGUCACUAUUCAAGUGAAAGCUGCUAAGCAGUUUUUUUAAUCAUAAUUAUGCAUUAUAAUCAAACAUCUUUGCUUCUGAGAGAGCUCUUUCGGGGGGUAUGAGUGCGGGCUCAUUUCCCGAACAGUGGCUGGUAAUCGAGCCUAGUUAAAAAAGUAAUAUGCUUUAAUAAACAACUAUUUAUCUCUGCUCCCGUCUAAGGUGGCUCUUGUGGAAAGGUUUGACAUAUGUCUAUAAAACCUCAUUAGUACUGUCAAUUUGUCAUGUAGGGAAUACCAAUUAUGAUACGCAUUGGUGCAGCUGAUAAAACAGUGCACCCUUACUACAGUCGUCGCAUGUUCCGACUCCUAAGGCAACAAAGAACCAAUGUCACCUACUCAGAGUUACCUAAUAAGGAGCAUUGGUGGUGGGAUACAUACAAGACUAAUGAUGGAGGUGUUGUUAAUGACCCUGUCAUGAGGAAGUUUGCUGUUAGCCAUGCCAAGAAUGCUGGAACAUAUGCUUCAGCACCAAGUAAGAACAUGAAUGUUUUCUUGUGUUAAUAUAAUUGUUUUUUAGUUGCGGGAAGUAUCCAUUUUUACUUGUCAAAAUUUACUGUGAAAUGCAGUUUGUUGUCCAGAUUUAUUCUAUGCUGUAACCACCCUAAAGUGUAAGUGAUUGGAGAUUCUUGUUUUUGAUUUCUAGUUUAAAUUCUUACAAAUCAUUCUUACAAGAACAAGUGACAGGAAUGAGAAAUGAUCCUGGCAGUCUGGGUUAAUAUUAGGCUGAUUUAGCAACAGAAUUGGAAUGUCAGUUGACAAUGAGAAAGCGCACGGAGAGGACUAAACACAACUUAUUCCAGUGUGCAUUUGCUGCUUUGCCAUUGGUCAAGCCAGUUGUUUGAUUUGUAUGUGCCGUCAUCAACAGACAUUCCCAUUCUGUUGCUAAAUCAGUAUAUAAUCUUGCAGCCCCCACUGGUCUCUGGUGACUUGCACUGGCUCUUGCAUGACAAGAAAAUCUAGCUGGACUCCGUGACCUAACGUUCUUUUUGAGCCCUGUCUUGCAGCCAAUCCAUCCUUAAAGCAGUUUUGCAGUUGAAAUCCAGAAAUUAUGUUUGUCUUACUUUCAGCACUAAUUAUUUAUUCCAUCACACUGAUGUUUCAGCUUGCCACUCAGAUAGAAAUGGGGAAUGUAGUGAUUCUGUUGGAACUGAGAAAUACAAAUAUACAAAAGGAACUGUAGAUAGAAACAUUGCAGGGAAUGGAAAGUUCCGACUUUCUGUCUACAAUCCAGUCGCAAGUACAGGUAAAGAGGUGAUGAAGGAUGGACCUUACAUGCAUGAUGCCAAAUAGGGUCAAUUAGUUUUGGUCUUAUAGUUUAAUUAUCAAACACAAAAAACUUCAUCUCAUUGGCCAAAAUCCAGACACCAUGAGCUGGGUUAAAAUAUUGAGAUACUGCUAAAACCUUUUUAGACCAUCUUAACUCUUUCACUGCCAAAUGUGGCCAAAGGCAAAUUUCGACCAAAUUUCCACAUUUCAUUUUCCAAAAUUUUGACAAACAAAUAGCAUCAUGUGACAGUACAUGCGGAGAGCUUUCAUUUGAAUGGUCACAUCAUAGGACUUCGUCUGCAGACUCAAAAGUUAGAGUCGCCUGACAAAACUCCAUCAAGUACUCUGGUAGUGAAGGGGUUAAAGGUGUCUAAAAUAGGAUGAAAGACUGUUUCAAGUGUUUGAUUUAUGUAGAAGAAGAAGAAUAAGUUAAUAACGUUCUAGAAUUCUUAAGGCUUGAUAUCUACAAAAAAAUUCUCCAGACUAAUCUUCAUACAUUUCUUAAAGAAUUUGUUGAGAGAAUUUGAUAAAAGAUCAAAGAAUAUUCCCCUCACAUGGUGAUCAUUUUAUAAAUUCUUGCAACCUCUAGUCCUUGAUUUUGUAUUGAUAUUGUUUGGAGAAAGUUGAUUCUGAUCACUCCUUUUUUCCCCAGGAUUAAGAGGUGUACGUAUUAUGCAACAGAUUAUCCCUUUCCGCUCAAGUACAGUACUGUAGGUGAAACUAAGGUUAGUACAACAGUACUGGUGACUUUUACACCGAUCCGAGACGGAGUUUCUCGGACGAUAGAGAGGACAAUACACCGUUCUUGCCAGUCAAGUUUAACUACCGUUAGUUCACCCCAUGGAGAAGGAUCUUAGUAAGUUUUCACUUUACUGUUAUUGAAGCAAUGAAGACUCAAUGAGGUGCACUCAAUGGGUCAAAAAUACAAGGUUUAUUUAUAAAAAAAAUAUAUCAGAGUGUCGAGUACAGGGUAUUGAUAAGAAUUUUCCAAUUUCCCCAAUUUUUGGGCAUUCUUCAAGACUGUGCUCUAGCAGCCCCCAGUGGCCCCUGGCACCUAAUUUUCCUCCUGGGCAACUAGAAAAUCUCAGAAUUUCCAUAGACAUCAUGUGUUGGGCACCCUGGAUUUCACAGGUUCAGAGAACUGGGCUCUCUUCAUUUUUCCUUAGAGCACAGCCUUGUGUAUAUAAGGUCUAUUGGAGCUUCAGUGUGAGACAAUCUGGCCUUACAGAAACAAAGCCUGUGAAGAAUGAUUGGCACAUCAAGCUUGCAAAUUAUGCAUUUUUUUACAUAUACAAGUCUUACACAGAAAAUGCAAGUAGAAAUGCUUGCACAAGAGACCAAUGAGUAGUUGAUUUUCAGGGGUACUUUCACCUGAGUGACAUGACUAGUUUUGUAGCAAGUGAUUUAACUCCCAUGUAUGGCGUGACUCCAGCAUAAUUUUAUCCAAUCAGAAGUCAGUAUUCAUGCAACUUGUAACAACCAGAUUUGUCGCUAUACGGGUUUAAACGUGGGUGGUAAAAUAUGCAACAUGGCCGUUCAACUUGUUUUGCCGCAAUGUUGCAAAACAAGUUACACGUUUAUGUUGCCCGUUUUACCGUAGUUUAACUAAGCCAUACCUGAAAUUCAUUUUAAAGUUCAACUUUAUAUAAAUACAGGGUUCGUAUGCGUCUUGAUUAAAAACCCUUGGAUUUCUAGAGUCCUUUUUCAGUGCCUUGAAAGUCCUUGAAAUUCUCUUUCAUUCAUUGUGGAAAAGUAAUUUUUGAAAAGUCCUUUUACGUCGGAAGAAGUGUACAAACCCUACGCAUAUUAUUUUCUAAACUCACAGCAAGCGAAGAGUGUUCUUUUUCACUCUGCAAACCUGAUGAUGCUAAAUCUUGGGUGCCCUGUCCUGGUAAUGUACCACUCGAGUCUGAGAUUUCCAGAGGUCCAUCCAAUAUGGGUCCUGCUAGACGAGUUGCAGAAAGAUCUUUUCUAAUUGUCACUGGUGAGUAAAAUGUCUCUCAACAUGGCCUGCUAGUGAAAAUAAAGGUAUUUUGCUUAGUGAAAAUUCGACCCAUCACUCCUUAGACCGUCUGUUAGUGUGCAUAAGCACACACCAUUGUCAGAUGAAGAGAAGUGACACUUGGAAGUACAGUUACAUUUGCAGUAGCCUGCGAGCAACUCUCCAUUUGAGGGAUAUCGUGAAAAGUGGACGCGCGAGAGGCACGCGAGAGGCACGCGAGAGGAGACGCGAGAGCGAGAGGGGAUAGGGUUAGGAGAGAGAGAAAGGAUCUCCUUUCCUCGGCUCCUCGCGGCUCGCUUCGCUCGACCAAAUAGGAGAGCUUGCUCUCAGCUACAUUUGCAGGCUCACUAGACCACGAACAGUCUCUCUCUUUUUUCUUGGUCCGUCAAGCGAAACGCGCGACAGACGAAAAUGACCAAGGGUAUUAUUCUGAAAGCAAGAGAUGGCCUCUUUCUUCGGUCCCCCUCGUUUCUUGCGCCUCGCGGCUUUGCAGCUUGACACUCGCGCGCGCGUGCACUCCCCUCACUAAAUCUGAGCUCACCGUCUAAAGGCACGCUCUGUAAGAAUAAUUAAAGAUUACUUCUAAUAGACUGGGGAUAAAAGAUCAGAUAAAAAAACACCUUUAUUGUAUGCUCUUUUCUUACACUGAAGUAAACAAACAAAAAACAUAGGAAAAACUUUAGCUACCCACUUCAAACACUGUCAUUCUAAAAAAUCUGCACUGUAAAUGAGGUUAUAUAACUGAGAGACAAAUUAUGUACAAGGUAAAAAAGGUGAAAACAAGACUUCAUUUUAAGACAAGCAAAUUAUUUUUCUACAUUACCAGGUUGUUAUUUGGAGAUUAUUUAGUCUCCAUAGUCAUGACUUACUUUAGGGACUUGUGUAACCACUAGUUAUAGCUAUCUCUUAAGUGCUAACGAACAAAGAUUUUACCUAUACGUGCGCGCUGUUCAAUUUGUUUAGAAAUAUGAUGAAUCACCGUGAUUCAUUAGGUCAUAAAAGUUACCUUACACUACCUUCUGUUACAUCGCUUCGAGACCCAUUCUGCUUUUCGAAUGCCUUGGAACUUGCGCCUAAGUGUUUACUCGAAAACAGUGCAUUCUCUGUUCUUCAUUACGGCAUAAAAGUUACCUUACACUACCUUACCUUACAUCGCUUCGAGACCCAUUCUGCCUUGGAACUUUCGCGUACGUGUUCGCUCGAAAACAAUGCAUUCUCUGUUCUGCAUUACGUCAUCAAAGUUACCUUACACUACCUUAUGUUACAUCGCUUCGAGAUUCAUUCUGCCUUGGAACUUGAGCGCACGGCUUUAUUAUGCUGCCGCCCCGCGAGGCUGCUCGUUGGCAAUAAGCAGGCUCAACUUUGUUGUAAAUGAUUAUUUACAUUAUUUUACAAAUAUUGUAUAUUUUCACAACUACAGUCAACUCUCUAUAAGACAAACUUCUAGGAAGUCUAGACGUCUGGGCGUGGUCCCUUCCUCUCUUCAGUGCUGUAAAGCCGACAUCUCUCUGAAAAGGACACUCAUGUCGGUUCCAGUGGUGCCCUUCUUGGAGGGAUUGACUUAUUGUCUUGAUUUUUCCCAUAGACGACCACUUCCCGUAAGCGACCACUUUGUCGUACACCAAGGGUGGUCCCUUACGAGAGAAUUGACUGUAUACAGUACAUUGUACUCAUUAUCUGCCAAUGUCUUCCCAUUGGCUAAGAGCCUGCAGUUAAUUUUGGAAAUCAGCGCAACCUAUAGUCUCUUUCGCAGCCGUUUUUUGGGUCGUCACGCAACGCUCCUCCCCAGUGACUACCCUAAAAACACCUGCGACUACUGCGACAGCUGAGACUACGCAACCUACGGAUUAGUUAGUUAUCUGCUAGCUGGUCACCUGACUAAUCUGUAGGUUGCACGCAAAAUGCAUGAUUUCCAACUUCGACCGAAAACAUGUUCCGCUGUUGUUGUCUUUUGGUCUCGUCCUCGACAAAACGUGAAAUUAGGCAGUUUCACGUUGUAGUCGUGUAACGACAGAAGAGAAAUGUACAAAAAAGCGUGAUGCACUUACAAAGUUGUUGUUUUGCUUGUCUAAACCUAUUGCUUUUUUGCCGUUCUCGUUGCUGUCGUCGUCAUCGUUGCGUAAACUCCCUAUUUUCUUCAAAACAAUGUGUAAUAAAACAAUUAUUAGAUUCGGUUUUUGUGAUAUCCGGAAUAAUCAAGGUCUCGGUAAGUGUUAUCAGCUUUGACCUUUUGACUCGGCUGAUAACACUUUCUUUUACCUCGACCUUGAUUAUUCCGAAUAUCACAAAAACCACAUCCAAUAUUUAUUUGUUGUCAACAUUAUCAUCAUCAUGUCCUUGAUCAUCAUUAUCAGCUAUGAUUAUUAUUCACAACAUUAUCGGCUUCUUAAAUCAUCCGUUACUCUAAUGGAAACCUGGAACUAAAUUGCGCAAAAUGGUAUAGUAAAUAUUAUGCUUAGCUAUAUGUUUGACUGGUGUCCGGUCUUUUUGCUACAAAGUUCUUUUUCUGUGCAAUCCUUCCGCUACGACGUUAACUAAGCCAAUUUCUCAUUCUAUAAGCAUGAUAAGUAACCUAUAGUGUCCAUUUCCGUCGCGCUUUGUUCCUCCUCAAGAGAGGAGUGCGGGCUCAUUUUCCAAACAGCGGCUUGCCCCCUUGGACACCUUAUGAAGUUUACACAACCUAGUAUUCCUUAUCGCUUUGGUUUUGAGCACUGACUAUAGUGAUCAGGGUUAAGCACUGACUAUGGUGAUAAGGGUUAAGCCCUGAAAAUAGUGAUUAGGGUUAAGCACUGACUCAAAACGUUAGCUUCUAUUUAGGGUUAGGGUUGUUGCUAUAUAGCUUCAAAUCAAACCAAUGCUCGCCAGAAAUUCUUCAUUGGCGUAGUGGUAAAGACACUGCAUUCCGGGUUCGAUUCUUACUCCUGCUCUUCUUAAUUUUUUUUCUUCCUUAAAAAUUGAAGAGACUUACACUUUAGCACUUUCAUGAACAUUUUCUGAGCAGAAAUGUUAAAAAACUUAGAAAUUUCAUCUAAGUGUAGUGUAGAAGCAAUAAAGAAUACGACGUUGUGUAAAUUUUAUAAGGUCUCCCCAAGGGGUUUAGGCCGAUUGGUCUCCCAAAACAAUAAAACGGCAGCCAUGUUGGUGUUCCAAACCAGUCCUGGGGGAGUUGAACUCUUUUCUUAUGUAAACGCUUUCUUUUGUUCCAAUAAAUUUGCAGAGAUACUGGUCACGUGAGUGAAAACGCUGUCUAAGUACUGAAAUUGGCCUGAAAAGUUGUGCCCUCUUUUGUGCACCACAGUAUUUGUGUAAGGAACAAACUGGGUCGCAAUACCAUCACGGCGUGCAUCAAUUUCAAAAUACAACUGUAGAGCGAAAUUCGAAAUCAACUGAACUGCGUAGCGACAUGACCGGCAAUCGUUUAACCUAUAAUCAGUUAGGAAAAACUACAUUGCGCAGGUGACAUUGAACAAGUUUGGCCAGCGUUUUUGUCUUCUUUAUCGAUUUCCUUGUUAAUGCCAAGGAGAUUCGACGUGAAUGUGCUUAAACAUCAAAUUCACCACCACCACAACAAAGGGACCAAAGAAGGUCAACACCAAGGCCCAGAGAAAACUAACUUCUCUACCAAGAACUUUAACACCAGAAAUACACGUAGUGCGGAACCAAUUCGUGAAGUCUUUCUUCUCUUGUCUCGUUCUAAAUAUCGUUUUAGGCGUUUCCUCCCAAGAAGCCGUAUGUUCUGAGUGGGUCCCUUGUGCUUCAUAAUCGCCAGAGGUAGUAUCGUCUGAGUGGAUUCCCUGUGCUGCAUUAUCGCCAGAUGUAGUUCCGUCCAAGUGGGUUUCCUGUGCUCCAUAAUCGCUGUCUUCCACCAUCUCCAGUACUCUUUUCAAACAACUUUUGAGAACAGACAUCUGGUAGAGUGGAAAGGCGUACAGUACCACGUUUUCUGUUAUGUCCAGUACAGCUGUCACCACGAUCUCUUGCGUCGUGAUCUUGUACUGAUCAAUAAAAUUCUUCGGGAUGUAAUCUUCACCUCCAGACAUUCCCACGGUGUGAUUUGAGGGAGGAAUCACAACCAGAUAAUACGGAAUUGCGCGAUUUCCCGUCAACCUGUGAAUAGGAGUUCACAUGGUAACUUGUUAGUGCUAAUAUGAGCUUUAAUUCUGGGGAACUAAGCAUUCCUCACUUAAAUGUUUUGUUAAUUAGUUUAAAUCCUUGCAUGAGAACUUCAUUUCGAAGACAGGACACAUGGGAUGGUACCAGGAAGUCCCAUAGUGCGACAUGCAACCUUUAACCCGCCUCUGUUGAUGCCUACAUGCAUUCUUUUUUUGCCCGGUGUAUACAUGUGUGGAACGGUCUUCCAUUUACUGCUGUUAUCGCUCUGUCUUUGCUCGUGUCUCAGUCCACAGCCAACAGCCAUCUGUCAUCACCCACUGCCUAAUUAUACCACCCAUUGCCACGAUUAGCCAUGCUAUUGGCAAUUAACCGAUUUAAGAUUGAAGAAACAUCAAGAUAGCUUUCCUGUUGUACUUUUUGUUUUCAAAGAGUUAUCAGGUUUAAUAAGUUGUAAUGAGCUUUACUCCUUGUUCUCCAGAGGACCCCAAGCCGAGUUGGCUAGCAGGCCGAUCCUGUAUCCAACAAGAGCGAAUAGAAUAAUUGUGUUAUUGAAUUCUCGAGCUUCGCUUUAAACCCAAUUUUUUUUAGAUUUUACUCAGGGUCGUCUUAAGUUGUACAGGAUUCAGGCUGUCGCCCAUUUAAUAAUAUUAUAGGUUCAAACGCAGAAAUGAUGGCUGAGGUACAGUGUGUACCAGUGCAUAAGCUGGAAAUGCAGUAUUCGAGGUUUAGAACUAAAUAACAUCAGAUAAUUAUUGAAUGGAACUUUUACCGAAUUCGACCGAAUUUUGACGCACAUUGCAUAAGAUUAGAAAGAUCUUGAAAACUUUUAUGAUUUUGCAAACAAACAUUAUAAACAAAACAAAGUGCUAUGAGAACUAUAAAUUAGGCUUUGUUCACACUAUACUGAAAAGCUUUUGUGCCGCCACUAAAAUCAUCCCGUCACACGGCGAAAAUGGUGAUUUCAGCGCGAUUUCUGUAUCGGAGCAAAGGUGCACCUCUGCGAUCUAGAAUUUCCAUAGAGCGUCACAGAUAGGAUAGGUUUUGUGCCACACUUUAGUGCAGCGAUUCGGACCGUCGCGGAAGUUUUUCCGUCUCUGUGGCACUCGCACGGUAAAAAUCCGGUUCGGUUGUACCCAAAAUUGCAAAGCCAGCUAAUAGGAUUGCGUAAAAUCUUUAUCGAUUAUCUCUUCUUCCAAGCCGACCAAUCAGAUUGUACAAAAUCUGUAUCGAUUUUUAAUCGAUUUGUUUCCUCUGAAGAACGUUGAAAUCAGAACGUUCCUUGCCAAAUUUGUCGCGCUUGAGUUUUCCCACUCGUGGUUUAGGAUGGCUUGUUAACCAGCGAAAUCCUUCGGGAUACUGGCAAGACACGAAAGGCGACCUUAGCCAAAUUAUUUCUCUCCUUCAUGAUUUUUUUUUGUUUAGGUCUAGCUUUUUCAUAAGGUUUUAGUAGCGUCUGGUUGCGGGCCAUGAUUUCCGAUAGAUUUUUCUAUUCAGAGUUCGCCAGUUUUUGCCGAGCACAGCUAGAGUUCAGUUUUUUUCUUUUCUUAUCGAAAACACCUUGACGAUGGGAGGUUAAAUCGCGUAAAUUUCAACUCGUACCCUUGACGAUUGGCGUUGAAAUCGCGAAAAUAUUGUCCUCGUCGAUCAACGACUCGGUUUCGGCAUGGAUUGGACUUCUGGAUGGGACACGGAUCAGGACAUGAGUAAACUUAUUAUACCUUGGAAUCAGGGAUAAUCAUUGGAACUAUGUUAACUUUGAGACCUUGGAAACACAUUGCAAUUAAUUUUUAACCGUAUCAAGAGCAUCUUGGAAUAUUAAACUUUCAUCUUGGAUUAAAACAUUGGAACUUUAUCGAACUUUCUAACCCUGGGUUCGACCCUGGAUAAAGCAAGCGGAUGUUUUGUUUUGUUUUGUUCAAUUAACCUAGAUAGAACGCCAUUAUGCUUCCAUAGACCAACGCAUCCCACGGAAACGACUUUAGGCGUCUUGUUAAAAGUAGAAGCGAGGACUGGAAUCCACUGAGACGGAAGUAAAUAUUUAACAAUUAUUCUUUGAAAUCGAGGUGAAUAGUAGCUAAAUAUUCGAUAGGGGGUGAAUAUUGUGGAAUAGUCCGAAAUAGCGAACCAAUCAGAUUGCUUAAAUGACCAAGAUCUCUGAGUGUGUAUGUACUAAUCAGAAUUGUAAUGAGAUUUACAAUUAAAGUCCUACCUGUGCGGAAAGGGCAUCGAAAUUUUUGACCCAAUAUUUAAAGUUUGCACGCUGGCUGCUGCAGCGCUGGCAGGUAAUUCAUAAACGGUGUGGUUUGCCAUUAUCACGGUUUCAGCUUUUUCCACGAUGGAGAAAAUUUCUAGUGCUGAAGCCAAUAAAAUCAUGGUUAUGUACAACACGAGGAAAAAACGGAAAGCCUUCUCUGUCUCCUUGAUCAGCGUUCUUAUUUUUAUGGCUUUUUUCCUGGCUUUAUCUUCGGUUGGAUAGAGACCACCUCCAAGCUCGUCUUUGAAUUUGUCCACUUCGCAACACAGGAACAACAUCAUGUAAAGAAACGCGUAGAAAAUGGGCAGAGAGAAACCGCGACUGGCUGCGAAAAAUAUAACAUCAAAAGCUAUUUGUGUCGCUGGGAAGGUGUUAUUACUGGUCGCCGUGAUCUUUCCAUCUCUGUACCUUGGCAUUGGCAAAAAAUCUGGCAUUAACAUUUGCGUGGCAUGCAAAGUUAUUGGAACGAUAAAUAGCCAAGCCACAGAAUUUACCAGGAACACGGAGAUCGAGUGGGACGAAGCUCUUCUCUUCACCUAAAGAUGGCAGAAACAAUUUAGAAACACUGACGUUAAGUAUAGAAAACGUCUUGCGUUUAAUUCCGUAUUUCAAAACGUCAACAGUACAAGAAUGUUUCAAUAGUGGAUGAGUUCUUUGAAAGGCCAGAACCCUCUUCAUGUUGUAAUAAAUAGUCUGCAAACACAGCCUUUUAGCGAGGAGAAACAGCUGUUUCGCAUGCUGCGUAACAACCAGUUAGUUGAACCACUUUCUCCGGAAGGUCCUACUCGGUAGCUUUUAUUUGAAUGGUCGCGCUGAGGAUUACAUCCACAGACUCAAAGCUAGACCAUCUUUUUACAGGAUAAUAAACAGUACCACAGGAAAGUAUUGCCCAGUAGCUUUCAUUUGGUCACAUCAUAGGAUUUCAUCCACAGACUCAAAAGUUAGAACCACGUUGUACAGCAUAAUAAACAGUACCACAGGAAAGUACUGCUCAGUAGCUUUUAUUUGAAUGGUCACACUUUAGGAUUUCAUCCAAAGACUCAUAAGUUAGAACCACCUUGUGCAGCAUAAUAAACAGUACCACAGGAAAGUACUGCUCAGUAGCUUUUAUUUGAAUGGUCACACUUUAGGAUUUCAUCCAAAGACUCAUAAGUUAGAACCACCUUGUACAGCAUAAUAAACAGUACCACAGGAAAGUACUGCUCAGUAGCAUUCAUUGGAAUGGUUACACCACAGGUGUCCCUACCCAAGCUCAGGAGCAACAAUCAACACUUUGUAUGAGAAAUAAAAUUCUGAGGUCUCGUCUGCGAACGCUAAAUAUCAUAAUUUUUCCUUUUUUUCUAUAAAAUAAAUAAAGGAGUCUUACCUUUUAUGUACUACUGUGUUUUUGGUGUGAAUUUAUCGAUUUACAAUCGACUCCCGAUAACUCGAACCUUCAAGGGAAAUCUCGAAAAAGGUUCGAGUUAUCGCGAGUGCGAGUUAUCGGGCGCUUGAAAACAAUAGCCUGGAGUAAGGAAAAAACAGUUUUUACUGCACAGUUAACAUUUUAAUCACAUUUAAUUGUAGAAAUGUCAAGUGAAAAUUAAAAGAUACUUCUAGGUUAUAAAUCAGAACGUAACAUAACAAAAUCUUGCUUAAAUAGAGCAUGCGUUUUACUGUUUUGAGAAGUAAAGCUGUUUCACGUUAGAUUUGUGACAAACAACAUCAGCCUCCAAUAGAAAACUAUAUGCCUACAACACGUCAAUGGGAAAUUCAAAAUUCAAUGUUUGGGAUACCAGUAGACUGUUUUUUCCCGACUUUUAAGGGCUCAAAACAUGGUUCGAGUUAUCGAGGGUAAAAUUAUAUAGAAAUGAUCUGAGGGAAAACAAAACUACUUCGAGUUAGCGGGAGAUUCGAAUUAUCGAGGGUUCGAGUUACCCAGGGUAAAAUUACAGUAAAUGUAUGACGGAAAUCCAGGGGAAAUCGAUUUCGGUUCGAGUUAGCGCGAGGUUCGAGUUAGCGAGAGUUCGAGUUAUCGGGAGUCAACUGUAGUCGGUUUUUUUGGCUGUUAUUGUUUGACCUCUGUCACUCUCUUCAUAAUACGAAGGGAUCAAACAAUAACAGCCAAAAAAACGGACUAAAUCGAUAAAUUCACACCAAAAACACAAUAGUACAUAAAAGGUACGUCUUCUUUCUUUAUUUCAUAGAAAAAAAGUAAAAAUUAUGAUAUUUAACGUUCGCAGACCUCAGAAUUUUAUUUCACAUUUUAUUUCUUGACUAUUACUUGUAACGCGACACCGACUCUCUCGUGAAAAAGUUAAUUUACAUAACACGCUCGUAACGUGAGCUUGGGACACCUGUGGUUACACUGUAGAGUUCCACGACUGCUUUAAUAUCGUUAGAUUUCCUUGUGCAUGACAUCCACUUUGAUUCCAAUCAUGUUGUCAUGACCACUGAAAAUGUGGCUAGGCUCUGCCUCAAAGAGCCUGCUAUCUCUCCUGUUAUGUGGCAAGAACGGUCAGUUCAAAUUGAUGGCAAUCAAGUGGUCAUGGAGAAAGAUCUUGGUAAGUGUUCACUCUACUGUUACUGAAGCAAUGAAGACUCAAUGAGGUGCACUCAAUGGGUCAAAAAUGCAAGGUUUAUUUUGUAAAAAAAUAAUGUCAAAGUAUCUAGUACAGGGUAUUGAUAAGAAUUUUCCAAUCUCCCCAAUUUUUGGGCCUGCAUCAAGGCUGUGCUCUAGCAGCCCCCAGUGGCCCCUGGCACCUAAUUUUCCUCCUGGGCAACUAGAAAAUCUUAGAAUUUUCGUAGAUAUCAUGUGCUGGGCACCCUGGAUUUCACAGGUUCAGAGCACUGGGCUCUCUUCAUUUUCCCUUAGAGCACAGCCUUGUGUAUAUAAGGUCUAUUGGAGCUUCAGUGUGAGACAAUUUGGCCUGGCUUACAGAAACAAAGCCUAUCAAGCAUGGUUGACACAUCAAGCUUGCAAAUUAUGCAUUUUUUUAUAUAUACAAGUCUUACACAGGAAAUGCAAGUAGAAAUGCUUGCACAAGAGACCCAUGAGUAGUUGAGUUUCAGGGGUACUUUCACCUGACAUGACUAGCUUUGCAGCAAGUGAUUUAACUCUCAUAUAUGGCGUGACUCCAGCAUAAUUUUACCAAACCAGAAGUCAGUAUUCACGCAACUUGUAACAACCUGAUUUGUUGCUAGACAGGUUUGAACGCGAGUGGUAAAAUAUGCAACAUGGCUGUUCAACUUGUUUUGCAGCAUUGGUGCAAAACAAGUUGCACGUUUAUGUUGCCCGUUUGACCGUAGCUGAACUAGGCCACUGAAACCAUUUUAGCCUGAAAUUCAUUUUGAACUUCAACUUUAUAUACAUACAGGGUUCGUAUGCGUCUUGAAAACCCUUGAAUUUCUAGAGUCCUUUUUCAGUGCCUUGAAAGUUCUUGAAAUUCUCUUUCAUUCAUUUUGGAAAAGUAAUUUUUGAAAAUUCCUUUUACAUCAGAAGAAGUGUACAAACCCUAUGCAUAUUAUUUUCUAAACUCACAGCAAGCGAAGAGUGUUCUUUUUCACUCUGCAAAGCUGAUGGUGCUAAAUCUUGGGUGCCCUGUCCUGGUAAUGUACCACUUGAGUCUGAGAUUUCCAGAGGUCCGUCCAAUAUGGGUCCUGGUAGACGAGUUGCAGAAAGAUCUUUUCUAAUUGUCACUGGUGAGUAA